UCAUAAAUGUCACUUAUUUCUUUAUAUACAAUAGUCAAUAGUCUCAUUAUCAUUGUCAAAUGUCAAGAUUGAACAUUAUUGCUUUUUUAUUUCCAAGCUCUGGCGUUUCCUACAUUUGUUUUUGUAAACAAAAUUAAUACAAAGGUGUAAACUAACAAAAAGUAUGGGUAAGGAUAAGAAAAAAGGUAUUAAAGGCAAUGUUUUUAAAGUAGCUGGUGCUAAAAGUUUGAAAAAAACAAAAGCUAAGGCAGUUAACCUAGGCUUAAAAAACCGUGGGAGCAAAAUGGCUGAACGGUUUUCCGAUUCACAAAUGCUAAAACUCGUAGAGAUCUAUCGAGACUACGAAUGUUUGUGGAACGUAACGAGUGCUUUGUAUAAAAAUCAUGACGCAAGACAAAGUGCGUAUAAACAAAUUGCGGAAAAGUUAAACAUUAGUGGCAUCUCGGACAAAGAUAUACCAAAAAAAAUUAAAAAUUUAAGGUCAUCGUACUAUCAAGAAUUAAAAAAAAUUGAAAAGAGCAUUCGAUCCGGAAGCGACCGAGAUUCUGUUUAUAAACCAAAGGUGUCAUGGUUUUCAAUUGCCGAUGGAAUUUUAAGAGCAUUUAAAAAUAAAGAGAAGACAUUUUCAAAUAUCGAUGAAAAUUCGGGAAUAGCUACUGAUACUGUUGACUUCGAAAAUAAUAAUACGGUAUUAGAAGAGAAUGAUAGAGAAGAAAACUCAAAUGCUGCGGAUGAAAUUAUUGAAAAUCGAGUUCAAGAACUAACCGAAACGUCUUCAUCUACAUCCACUGUGCCAUCAAAACUAGCAACGAAGAAAAGGGGCAAAUCAAAUAAAAGACAGGACGAGUUAAAACAAAAAGUUGUAGAUAUUGAUAAGGAGUUCUUAGAUAUCAAAAACAACCCAAAACCUAAACAAGAAACAGUCAAACCUGUCAGUAAGCCUGUUCAAAAGAAAAAGGACAAAAAUGUUACCAAAGAGGAAGUAGCGACAGCAGCUGAUCAAAUUGUGAAAAUGGAUAUAUAGCAAAAGAAAUAAAUACUUUGUUGUUAUUUAAUGUUAAGCUUAAAAUAAUUUGCAUAUACACAUUGUAAUUGUUUCAAUAAAUAAAUUUUACUAUAUUA